UCGUAUAUUCUCUCAUAAAUCAUCAAAGAUGAAGAAUAAUCAUAUGAUGUUUAGUCUUCUGUUAGGAAUCACCACCAUUCUUAGUGUUACGCAUUCGACUCUCGCUACCGAAGUUUCUCAAGAUGGACGUGCAAUUCUCAUCAAUGGUGAACGUAAGAUCAUCCUUUCUGGUUCCAUCCAUUACCCUCGUAGUACUCCCGAGAUGUGGCCUGAUUUGAUCAAAAAAUCAAAAGACGGAGGGCUUGAUGCAAUUGAGACUUACGUGUUUUGGAAUUCGCAUGAGCCUGUCCGUAGACAAUAUGAUUUCACAGGUAGAAAUAAUCUAAUAAGGUUUUUGAAGACAGUUCAAGAUGCUGGACUUUAUGCUAUUCUACGUAUUGGCCCAUACGCUUGCGCUGAAUGGAAUUACGGAGGGUUUCCGGUAUGGCUACACAACAUGCCUGGGAUUGAGCUUCGAACUAAUAAUAAAGUUUUUAUGGAUGAGAUGCAAAACUUCACAACUUUGAUAGUUGAUAUGGUUAAAAACGAGAACCUUUUUGCUUCUCAAGGUGGUCCGAUUAUCCUUGCCCAGAUCGAGAAUGAAUACGGCAAUGUUAUGGCUCCCUAUGGAGAUGCCGGGAAAGAAUACCUGAAUUGGUGCGCAAAAAUGGCCGUGGCUCAAAAUAUUGGAGUCCCAUGGCUUAUGUGCCAACAGAGUGAUGCACCUCAACCAAUGAUUAAUACAUGCAAUGGUUGGUACUGUCACGAUUUUACCCCAAACAAUCCUAAUGUCCCGAAGAUUUGGACCGAAAAUUGGACCGGAUGGUUCAAAGCAUGGGGUGGUAAACGUCCAUACAGGACUUCAGAAGACGUUGCUUAUGCUGUUGCCCGUUUCUUCCAAACUGGAGGCACUCUUCAAAAUUACUACAUGUACCAUGGAGGAACUAACUUCGGAAGAACUACCGGUGGUCCGUACAUUAGUACAAGCUACGACUACGAUGCACCCCUCGAUGAAUAUGGUAAUUUGAAUCAACCCAAAUAUGGACAUCUCAAACAACUUCACGAUGUGUUGCACUCUAUGGAAAAGGUUUUAACCUAUGGAGAUAUUCUCAAAACUGAUUUGGGCAACUCUGUUACAAUGACAAGUUAUAAGUAUGAAGAUGUCUCGAGUUGUUUCAUUAACAACGAUAAUACUUCUGUCGAUGCAACCAUUACACUUCAUGGUCAAAACCUCACCAUUCCUGCUUGGUCUGUUAGCAUUCUUCACGAUUGCAAACACGAAGUAUACAAUACUGCUAAGGUGAACACACAAACUUCCUUGAAAGCAAGAAUAAGCAACGAAGCAGAACAAGAACCGAGUUCUCUUAGUUGGAGUUGGAGACCCGAAAUGAUCGGUAGCUAUGUGAAAGGCGAUGUUGGUGUUGGCCAAUUCACAUCGGAUGUUCUCUUAGAACAAAAGAGUGUUACAAAUGACACAAGUGACUAUUUAUGGUACAUGACAAGUCUCAAUCUUGACGAGAAUGAUCCCAUUUGGAGUGACGACAUGAGCCUACAAGUCAAUUCAAGUACACAUGUUCUUCAUGCUUAUGUCAAUGGUAAAGAAGUUGGUUCUCAAUAUGCUCAAGGUCAUUACCACUUCCUUUUUGACCAAAAGGUUAAUAAUUUCAGAAAGGGAAAGAAUAUUAUUUCACUCCUUAGUGCUACCGUUGGACUUCAGAACUAUGGUCCAUUCUUCGACAAGACUCAAGUUGGACUAACCGGUCCAAUAAAGAUAGUAGGAAAGAAGAGUAACAACAACGAGGUUGUGACAAAGGACUUAUCUUCACAAACAUGGACAUACGCAACUGGUUUACAAGGUCUCGAUAAUCACAAACUCUAUACCGAAGAAUCAGUCAAUGCCCUAAAAUGGAAAGAUGAACGUAAUAUGCCAAUUAACAGGAAAAUGACAUGGUACAAAACAACCUUCGAACCACCAUUGGGAACUGACCCAGUUGUUGUUGACUUAAGUGGUAUGGGAAAGGGUGAAGCUUUUGUGAAUGGAAUUAGUAUUGGUAGAUUUUGGCAAACUUAUUUAGCUGGUAAAGAUGGUUGUGACCUCAAAGCUUGUGAUUAUCGUGGCCAAUAUGAUAACAACAAGUGUGUCUUCAACUGCGGCAAAUCCGUCCAAACUGAGUACCAUGUACCGCGAUCUUUCCUAAGGGACGAUGUGAACACCCUUGUCCUAUUCGAGGAAUUCGGGGGAAACCCAACCCAAGUCAACUUCAAAACGGUACGAACAGGAGGAGCUUGCGCGAAUGCGUACGAGGGAAAGACACUAGAGUUGUCGUGUGAAGGAAGAUACAUUUCUGGUAUUAACUUUGCGAGUUUCGGUAAUCCAACUGGUUCUUGUGGUUCGUUUGAGAAAGGAUUGUGUGAAGGAGCCAAUGAUGCUAAGACCAUUCUCACUAAGGCUUGUGUGGGCAAAGAGAGUUGUUCCGUGGAUGUUUCGGAGAACGUAUUUGGUGCAGCAUCAAACUGUGGAGAUGAAAUCAAGAGACUUGCAGUGGAGAUCGUUUGUCAAUAGUUUUAUGAUUUAGUUUUAGAAGUUAAUAAUUAAUUAAUCAGUGAUAACACUGAAUAGUUUUUAGCAUUUGUUAAUAGUUUUAUGAAUUUAAUUAGUUUAGCGGUUGGAAUAGUUUAUAGCAUAAAUAGAUCCGUACACGGUACAUCGCAGUAUGUGCGAAUUCUAGGAAUAAAUACAGAAUGUUGUUCUUUUAUAACCAUAAUAAAAGUAUUUAUAUAAUAGAGUAUUUUCUUUGUUCA